CAGAAUUACAGACCUGAUACGCCGUCGUUUCAUUCGAUCCCAUCUAAAUGUCAUUCUUUUCCUCUGCACUCUUCCAUUGAACUCGGCCAACAUUAAAUAAAAAUCUCCUUUUUGAUUGCCCAAUGGAAAUCGAUCCCAUUCCAAACGGCGCCGGUUCGACGGCCACGACAACCCCUGAAACCGUCGCGACGACAACGGCACCCAUCGCCGCGUCUAAUACGAGUCCUUCCUCGAAACUGAGCCAACUGACGGAAUCGUUGAAAUUAGAGCACCAAUUCUUGCGUGUUCCCUUUGAACAUUUCAAGAAAACGAUCCGAGCCAAUCACCGAACCGUCGAGAAAGAAGUCUCCGCCGUCAUUUCAAGCGUCGCUGACGUGGCUGAUUGUGACGAACUUUCCAAAGACGACGCCGUUUUGAGUCUUAGCUCCCUUGUUUCCCGUUUGCAAGGACUCAAACGCAAGUUGGAAGAGGGGAGUCGAACAGAGAACUUACAGGCACAGAAAUGUCGGGCUCGUUUUGAUCAUUUAGAAUCAGUGGAUGCUGAGAACAUGUCUGAAUGGAAUAAUAUGCGAUUGAAGCGGAUCCUUGUGGACUACAUGUUGAGGAUGUCAUAUUAUGACACUGCUAUGAAGUUGGCUGAAAGCUGUAACAUACAGGAUCUUGUUGAUAUUGAUGUUUUCCAAGAAGCUAAGAAAGUUAUUGAUGCCCUCAGAAAUCAGGAUGCCGGUUCUGCCCUUGCCUGGUGUAUAGAUAACAAAUCACGGUUGAAGAAGUCCAAGAGCAAAUUCGAAUUCCAGUUGAGACUUCAGGAGUUCAUUGAGUUGGUACGAUCUGAAAACUACAUGCGUGCUAUUUUGUAUGCUCGAAAGUACCUUGCACCGUGGGGAGCAACUCAUUUGAAAGAAUUGCAGCGAGUCAUGGCAACAUUGGCCUUUAGAAGUAACACUGAAUGUGCAAAGUACAAGGUUUUGUUUGAACCUAAGCAGUGGGACUUCCUGGUGGAUCAGUUUAAACAGGAGUUCUGCAGGUUAUAUGGCAUGACCCCGGAGCCAUUGCUGAAUAUUUAUCUACAAGCAGGCUUGUCUGCUUUGAAAACUCCAUACUGUUAUGAAGAUGACUGCACCAAGGAGGACCCAUUGUCGCAGGACAGCUUCCGGAAGUUAGCAUUGCCUUUGCCGUACUCCAAGCAGCAUCACUCAAAGCUUGUUUGCUACAUAACCAAAGAGCUAAUGGACACAGAGAACCCACCACAAGUCUUACCUAAUGGCUAUGUCUACAGCACUAAGGCUCUCAAAGAAAUGGCUGAGAAAAACAACGGUAAAAUUACAUGUCCAAGAACAGGUUUGGUCUGCAGUUAUUCAGAGCUGGUUAAGGCCUAUAUCUCAUAAAUUUGCAUGGUCAAGACUGUAAAUCUGGUUGUUUCCACAACUUGUUGGUAAUUUUCUGCACCAUCUGAGGAUGCUUCUCUGCUUUCUGAUAUUUUGAAAAUUCUGAUUUCAGAACUUAACACUGUAAUUCUUCUUGUACCUCAACUUUGUUAGGGUGUUGAAGCAUUUACCUCAUGUAAAUAUGCAAAAUUAAGACUGUACUUCUCUCUAGCUUAUUAUGCAAUUGAAUAAGCAGCAUUUCCCUUUAGUUGAUUAUACUUGUUUUAGUUACUAUAUCACAGCCAU